AUGGCUCAUCAGGCUCAUAACAUUCCCUGGACAAUGUUGGCGUCCAAUCUGCGGUGGGCCCGUGUGUCGAGUGGUCAGCACGAUGCUUACGAUCUCCACCCCGGCUUCAAAUCCGACCAAGCCAAGAACUUGAUCUAUUUUGCGAAGGCGCCGAGUGCUACUGACAUAAUAAUUGAUGACAAUACCGCCGCAAAGAUACACUGCACAAUUUGUCCAUGGAGGGAAGCCUGCGAAGAAGCAAUGCCACCAAUGUUCUGCAGCUUAAAUGGAAGGUCGUGCCGGUCUCAAAAACUUCUCUGCUGUACAUCUGGGGUUCUCCCGCAUGAGCAAAGAAUCGCAUCUGCAUUCUGCGGGGGAUUCCAGUAUUCGCCAUGCAUCGGAUUUCUUCCACAGCAGAGUGCAGGCUAUUUCAACAUGGAAAUAGUCAAGACAUUGGUCAUCCACGGCUAUAUGGAGCCGAUUCUUCAUGCAUGCGCUUAUCUAUACGUGGCUAUUGGUGCCUGGUGGAAUAUUGACGUGUGUGGCUGUUUCAUAUCUGAUUUCGGCCUUGGCUCUGACUUGACUAGUCUUCUAACCUUGGAUGGGAUCAGAUUUACAAAAAGCACUAAUGGUAUACAUCUGUUUAAACUCGAUUUUCUGUUUUCCGGAGUUAUGGGACCACGCCUCGGUAAGAACGGAGCAGCAGGACUAUCAAAGGACUAUCGACACACCAGAUUAUACCAGCGCAUGGUCAUCAAAUCUACAGAGCCGGGUGACAUUUCACAUGUGGUGGCAUAUCCACACCGCCAGUUCUUUGGGAUCAAAGACCCUUCUCAAGCUUCAUCCUUUACCAAAUCCGCGGGAAUGGCAACUUCUGUGGGGUCACUACGAUGA